GCUGCAGCUUUCCGUGAAGAUGCCUGGCUGCUGCUGCUUCUGCGGGUCUUCAGUGUCUGUAUGCCUUGGGAUGGAGAAGUCUGAUGGUGGCCAUGAGAUGGAUCUUGCGGAGAGGCAGCGAUGUGCUGCAAGGGAAACAGCGGGUCCCCCACAUGUGAGAAAUAUGUUUUCUGCCAGAGCUAUCCUACAAGCCAAUGGUGGUAGUGAAAAGGUUUGUCGGAACCUGUUUGGAGAAGUGGAUCAUGAACAGCUUAAAAAGUAUUAUGAGACAGAGAUGAGCAAUGCUUUGAAAGAAGCCGAACGCACAUGGAACUUUGACUUUGUGAGAGAGAGUCCAUUGGAGGGGGAUUAUUUGUGGGAGAAAGUGGAAGACUCACACCAGGAGACUGCAGUAGAGGAUGGGGACACCAGGCCUAGCCUUUUGUCGGUCCAGGAACUUGGAAGUACCGAAUCAAAUUGUUGCAAGCGAAAGCAAUCGCUUAUUACCGAUUACUAUCAAGUGAAACGCCGCUGUUCUCCGCUUCCUUCACCAAGUCGGUGUAGCCCGUGAUUGGCUUUGUUCCAGAUUACACAUAUGUUGUUUUCCAAGAGUCCUUCCUCAAGACAAGUCAAAACUUUCCAUACAAGAAUCUCAGUUUCAGGAAGUAAAUCUUUACUUUGAAGAUCCAUAGACAUAUUCUUGAAUGUAAGAAAGGUGGAAAUGUUGAAGAAGCACUUCAUAAGAGCCCCAGAGAGCAAUUAACUACAUUAAUUGCCUUAGCAACAACAUUUCGAGAAGGAGUCUCUUAUUUUUGUAUGUAUGAAGAAAUUCUCCAUGAGGAAAUAAUAUAUAUAUAUAUAUAUAUAUAUAUAUAUAUAUAUAUAUAUAUACUGUAUAUAUGUAUGAAAACACUGAGGGGCAUGGGCAGUGUCAGAAGCUUUUUGUUUUUAGGGGGACUGGAAAAACUGCCAUUAUUUUGUGUUGGCUCAGAAAACUGUUCAAUGAAGGUGCCAUAUGAUCACACAGCAUAGAAGAGAAAACGGCUUGGAGCACUCACCUCGGACACCAGGUAUAUAGUGCAGGAAUAGCUUUAUUCACAUUACAGCUGGAAAUACAUAGCAGGGAGGUAGGGAGAUGGAACACAUGUGGGUAGGUUCGGCCGGUGGGCGACGGUCCAUAUCGCGCACUUGCGCUUCGUCAGGCCCCUCAGGGAGGUAGGGAGAUGGAACAGCAGGGAGGUAGGGAGAUGGAACACAUGAGGGUAUUUUCAGCCGGUGGGAGACGGUCCGUAUCGCGCACUUGCGCUUCGUCAGGCCCCACAGGGGCUUGACGAAGUGCAAGUGCGUGAUACGGACUGUCUCCCACCGGCUGAACCUACCCGCAUGUGUUCCAUCUCCCUACCUCCCUGCUACGUUUUUCCAGCCGUAAUGUGAAUAAAGCUAUUUCUGCACUAUAUACCUGGUGUCCGAGGUGAGUGCUCCGAGCCGUUUUUCUUCUAUGCUGUGUGAUCAUUAUCUAUGCUCUGCUGCAAUUGAGAAGCACCACACGCGGACACACACAGUGAAGAGGCUGCAUGUUUCCUGUAUGCUAACAGGUUAAUCCUCAGAGGUUUAGUGGAUCGGGACAGUGCCAGGCCAUCUACUCUACAUGAUAGACUUGUGAUAAGGUGCCAUAUACUAUGUCAUCAUGUUUCUAUUUUUUUCCCUACUUAGUCUCGAAGUUGUACUUUCUGGAAAGGGGCGAUUUGAAAUUCUACAUCCUGAAGAUUAGCAUUGUAGUUAUUUAGGGCGGAGCCACUAUUGGAAAUCACAUUGUGGUUAUGGUGUAUUGAAGUCAGUGGAGCUAAAAGUCAUCAAAAUACGAGAUAGGAACAUUGUGUCUCUGUAUGACAUAGAAUUUGAGAAUUCAGUUCUCUCUUUCCUGUUUGCAAUUUGGACAGUGAAGGACGUGUGUGCAAAUUAACAACGUCAGUACCACACUAAAGGAACGUUCAUACUGGUGUGAUGGAUCUGUUUACGCAUCCUUCAGUGGCUCUUGAAGGGGGUGGAUACUUCUUACAAAGAGAUAGCUAUAGUAAAGAGUCUUGUAAGCAAUGCUACAUAGGAAAAAGUAUGCAAAAUAGAUCUCCUUCAAAAGGAAGAAAACUGUCUCUAGUGCCACCUAUAGGUAGCUACAUUGAAAGUCAAUAUCUAAAUUAUUAGGCUGCGUUCACACGGCCGUUUAGACCCUUCCCGUUCUUCUCCCGUCAAAAAUAAAAACGGACUUUAAGACUUUAAAAAAUAAACGGACAAUAACGGAUGCAAAUGGAUGUUAUCUGUUUGGAUCCGUUAUUGUUCAGUUAAUCAACCCCCCAAAAAAAAAUUUUGUGCUGAGCAUGCUCAGAAGUAAAAAUGGAUCAAAAAACUGAUUGAAAAAACGGUUGCAAACGGAUGACAUUAAAGGCUCAUCCGUUUUCCAUAGACUUCAAUGUUAAAUUUACUGUAUCUGUUUUUUUUUCCAUUCUUUUUGACGGAAGAAAAAAUACUGCAUGUGCCGUUUUUUUCUGCCGUCAAAAAAAGGAAAUGAGUACAGACUGGUACAAACGGAUGUAAACAGAUUGUAAAAAAAUCCCAUUGACAUGAAUGGGAUUUUUUUUUUAAACGUUUUUAAUCCGUUUACAGCUUGCAAGAACAGAACCGAAACAGGGCUAAAAAAAAAGCGGGGACAGACAGCCGUGUGAACGCACCCUUAGCCUUAUAACAUAACUAGGGGUAUAGGUGGCACUAGAGGGACAGUCCUCUUUAUUCCAUAGCAGAGGUAACUUCCAUACACCCGCAGACCCUCAGAGCCACUGAAGCCCCGAUCUCAUCACACUGCACAGUAUGAACCAUAAGACAAUGGCACCCAUAAAAACCACUCCAAAGAAACAAGCAGCACAUCCGAAAAUCCAAAAGAACUUUAUUACUUUACAGUUCUUAACUGGAUUCUUUUUCAUACUUCUUUUUGUAUUUUGCAGGGUGGGCUUUAACCUUCUGAUGGCUUUGCACUCUUUGACUAGGGAUUUAGUGCUGCUUUAUUUAGUGUGUUUGAUAGCCAUAAUAAUGUUAAUUGUUAGAUUGUAUAAUAUGGUGGCACCUAAGUAAUAUAUAAGAAAAUAUUAUAGGCUGCGUAAAAAGGGGUGCACAAAUUGAAAAAAGGUAAAGACUCAAAUCAUCUGGAGCUUAUCUCCUAGAUCAGGAUGUUGUAAAGACACUUGUAAAUUUUUGGGACCUGAAAAAAAGAAAAAUUAUUAAACUGCACAUAACAUGUCAAAAAUGUACCCUAUUAAGUCUACUUAGAAGUUUAUACAUACAAAGUUCAGUUAGCAAUUGGUUGUAGAAUUUAGUUUUAUCUGAAGACAAACUACUGUAGCACUGUCAGUAGGGUGUUUUGGUUUUUUUGUCGUCCCCCCCAAAAUUUUUCAGAAUAAAAACAUGUACAGAUGUUUUUUCCUAUUGACAACCCCUGCCCAUAUUAUGGACGUCAUAGAAGGGGGUGCUCAGGACUAAGGUAAUAGUUUUUGCUCUGCUGAAUCCGUCCUGUCCCUGUACUACCUGCUCAGUUAUGGAUUUUGGUGACUGGCAUGCAGUACUACAUUACACCUGCAGGGUGGCUGCAGGUGUAAUGUAUGGCUUGCUGCGGCCUCCUCGGAAGAUGACCGCUUCUCACCAAGUCUUGAUGUUGUGUUUUUUUGUAAAUUGAUGUAAAACUACUGUCUGACCUGUAUAUUCUUUCUUGUCAAGAGAAUGGUUUAAUUUAUAAACUGGAGAUUGUUAUGUAGAAUAAUAUUUUGGAGUUUAUGCUAAUAUAAGGUAAGGGGGGUAUAUUUUGUCAAAGCAUAUAUUAAUUUAAGAAAAUUUCUUUAUGUUAUUGUGGCAGCACUAUUGAAAAAAAUGUAAAAUGUUCAUAAAGCUCAAAUUUGAGGCACUGAGCUCUACAUUGCUUGCCUAUUUUAUGUCUGUUACCUUCCACAAUAUGUUUUUAUUGCCAAAGAUGGGAAGGAUCCCUGUUAGGCUAAGUUUCCACUUGUUUUUUUUUUCUGGCAGUUUUUGGAAUACUGCCACUGCAAUUUUUGAGCCAAAGCCAGAAGUGGAUUCAAAAGGAAUAGGACAUAUAAAGGAAGGACUUAUACUUCUCCUCCCUUAUGGAUCCACUUCUGACUUUGGCUCAAAAACUGCAGUGGCAGAUAUCCAAAAAAUGCAAGAAAAACACCAAGUGGAAACUUAGCCUUAGGGAUAAGGAUAUUGCACACAAUAAGCCUUUAUUAUGUUUGAUAGCUCUGCUCAGUUGCACAUGUUGACAAUAACAAGGCUUUUAUCAGAAUUCAGCAUUAUAACUGAAGAUCAAAUGUCUUUGUAUAAGGUUAUUUUAUAUUCCAGAAUCCUCUACAUUUUUUGUGGAUUUGGUCUUCUUUUAGUAUAUAGAGUGAAAUAGACUUUUCUUUGUAUAUAUACCUAUAUAGUCACAGUCUACUUUCUAAAGCCCUUUUAAUAAUUGGAAGUGGAGCACAUACCUAUAUAGUCACAGUCUACUUUCUAAAGCCCUUUUAAUAAUUGGAAGUGGAGCACAUACCUAUAUAGUCACAGUCUACUUUCUAAAGCCCUUUAAUAAUUGGAAGUGGAGCACAUACCUAUAUAGUCACAGUUUACUUUCUAUAGCCCUUUAAUAAUCGGAAGUGGAGCACAUAUUGAUCAGCCCAUAGACAUCAGAAAUUAAUUGACAAAUAAUGGUAAACUAGGGUGCCAUGCGUGCCCAAGUGGAGAAGUUUGCAAAAUGUGCAUCAGAAAGCAGUGGCAUACCCUCAAUUUCUGCCAUAUAUUCUAUUUGAUUUUACCUGGCUGGUUCUCCUGUUUCCUCUUAGUAUAGGUAUCUGGCAGCCAUUCGUCUCCCCUGCUUCUUAUGACAAUAAUCAUUCAUACCUAUUUCUUCCUACAUUUUCCCAAAGGCAAGAUCCUAUGUUCCGCAUUAGCACUUUAUUCUAGUAGACGUAAAUGAUAAUACACUACAGAGCAAUAUAAUGGUGUACUGGUUUUGUUGCCCGUAUAUACCUACGGUUUCUACAUGACUUUUUUCCUGCUGGUCUAUUUCUUAAAUGCACCCCCAUAGAAAAAUCAUCUACAGUUCUAAUGCUGAAUUGUACAUGUAUUGUAGGCCACGUAGCUAGAAUUGUGAAUGAUAUACACUUUCUAAUAAAAACAAAGACCUGUCUCUACUCUUGACAUGUGUUUUCAUAAUGUAGUAACAAUUUAGGAGCAAUUUCGGAGUAAUUUUCCUAACUCUGCAUUGUGAGGUUUCUUGUUAUUCAUUUUGGAAAUGUAUCAAUACAUUUACAACUUGGUAUUAUUAUUCCCAUUGUCUAGGGGCGAUGUUCCCACACGCUGCAAUUAGAGAUGAGCGAACUUACAGUAAAUUUGAUUCGUCACAAACUUCUCGGCUCGGCGGUUGCUGACUUUUCCUGCACUAAUUUAUGCAGGAUAAGUCAUCAACUGCCGAGCCGAGAAGUUCGUGACGAAUCGAAUUUACUGUAAGUUCGCUCAUCUCUAGUUGCAAUACUGACUGGUUCCGAAUCAGAUGUUCAAGGACAGACCCUUAACUAGAAACUCCCAGUUGUCAAUGUAUUCAUACAUUUCUAGUAGAAAUUACAAAGUAAUGGCUUGACACAGAGUUUUUCGAUAAAAUGUUCCACAAUUGUUAUUUCAUUAAGUUUUUGCCAAAAAAGAGGCAUCAAGAGUAGUGACUUAAAGAUCACAUUGGUGGAAGCAAUGCAGAUGUAAAGUACUCAUAUUUGGGUUUGGAACUCUUAACUGCAGCAGGUGGAAACUUUUGUCUACAUCUCUAUGGUAUAUAACCACUUUACAUACCCAGAAUGUUUGAAGUAAUGGAGGUGCCAGUAAGGCUUGGGUCACACACGGCAGCUUUUGAGCCAAAGCCAAGGGUGGAUUUAAAUGGAAUGGGAAAUAUAAAGGAAGGACUUCUUCCUGCUGGAUCCCCUUCUGGCUUUGGCUCAAAAACUGCUGUGACAGUGUGUGACUCCAGUCCUCUUUUAGUCUUUUCAAUAGAUUUCAUAUUGUGAGAAGUCAUGUGUAUGGCAAGGUUGGUAUGUGUGGGUCCCCUUUCCUGCAGGCUCUUGAUUUCCUUGUUUACUAUGAAGCACUUUUUAAGCCACAUUAUUAGCACUACUUUUGUUGUAAAUACGGUUUCAAAGUUUGUUGGAUUCCAGAUAAAUAAUGUAACUAUUUAUUGUUAAUAAAGAACUACAAGGA